GAGGGAGGGAGCUGUUACCCAGCCAAGAUGGAGGCGAGGGCAUCGGUGGCACAGGCACGAGGAGGAGGCCUCCCCUGUUUCCGUAGCACCACGGCAGCAAAGGCGGAAAUGUGCAUCAGGAGCAUUGCAGGGGUCUACGUGGAGGCCUCCGGCAAAGCCAUGAGGUUUUCCGAUGCUGUCCGGGAGCACUUGCUCCAGCCUGAUCUGGCAUUAGCCCUUCUGGAGGCACAGGCGGCCACAGGCGGCAUUGUUGACCCUGUGGGAAAGCAGCUGAUCUCCGUAGCAGAGGCAUUAGCCAUGGGAUUAGUCGGGCUGGAAAUAAAGGAGAAACUGUUGUGUGCAGAGCGUGCCGUGACGGGCUUCACCGACCCUUAUACGGAGGAGAAGAUCCCGCUCUACCAAGCCAUCCAAAAAGAGCUGAUUGGAAGGGAACAGGGCCUGCACCUACUGGAAGCCCAGAUAGCCACUGGAGGCAUCAUUGACCCUGCCACCGGCCACCGUGUCCCUCUGCAUGAGGCCUACGCAUGUGGAUUCAUCGAUGAAGAGAUGAGCAACCUCCUCUCUGAUCCUGGGAAUGAGGAGGCCAAGGGCUUCUUGGACCCCAACAGCAACCAGAAGGUCCCCUACAUGGAGCUGAUGAGAAGAUGCAUCGCAGACCCAGCCACGGGGCUGCUACUGCUGCCCCUGAAAAUCUCCUUCCCUGGGCUGAGAGGGUCUGUGUGCAGCCAUGAGCUGCUGGACUCCAGAAUCAUUGACUCACCCACGUUCAAAGCCCUUCAUGACGGGGAGGUCACAGCGCAGGAAGUGGCAGAGAUGGACUCUGUUCAGCAGUACCUCUCAGGGACAAACAGUAUCGCUGGCGUAGCCAUCCUGCCCACCGGUGAAUGUAGGAGUCUGUACCAGGCUUUAACAGACCACCUCCUAAUGCCAGGCACAGCUGUGAGGCUCCUGCAGGCACAGGCUGCGACAGGCUGCUUGAUAGAUCCGGAGAAGAAUGAGAAGUUCACCGCUGGUGCUGCCGUCCGGGCCGGUGUUGUUGGGCCAGGCCUCUAUGAGAAGUUGUCUUCAGCAGAGAAAGCUGUCACAGGGUACAGAGACCCCUUCACUGGGGAGACGCUCUCCCUAUUCCAGGCCAUGAAAAAGGGCCUUGUGCCCAGGGACCCUGGCCUUUUCCUGCUGGAAGCCCAGCUUGCCACUGGUGGCAUCAUCGACCCACACGCCCAUCACCGGCUCCCUGUGGAGGUGGCCUGUCAGCGGGGCCAUUUAGACAGAGACCUGCACAGCCGUCUCUGCAAUCCCACCGAUGACAUCCGUGGGUUCCUUGAGCCCAACACAAAGGAGAACUUGUCAUAUGCAGAACUGGUGCUGAGAUGUGUCACUGAUCCAGACACCGGACUCUGCCUCUUGCCCCUUUCUGGAGACCACAGGAGGGAACACGCCUUCAUCGACCACAGCACACAGGUUGCUCUGAGAAACUCGGUGGUGUCUGUGCCCUGUGGCAGAUUCCAAGGGAAGCCCGUGUCCCUCUGGCACCUGCUCUUCUCAGACUACUUUACAAGAGAGCAGAGGAGAGCCCUCGUGCAACAGUUCUGCUCCGGGGCCCUUUCCACUCGACAAUUGGCUAACAAGGUCUGUCUCGCCGUCCAGCAAGUCACUGACAACUCUAGAGUCACCUUUGAAGGCUUGAGGGACAAGGUGACCCCUGCCCAGCUCCUGAGCUCCGAAAUCAUCAACAAAGAUUUAUUCGAGAAGUUAACGCAAGGGGAGACCUUGCCCAAGGAUGUUGUUAGCAUGGGGAUGGUGAAGAAGUACUUGGAAGGGACGGGCUGCAUCAGUGGGCUGCUCCUGCCUGACUCCCAGGAGAAAAUCAGCAUCUACCAAGGGAAAAGGAGAGGCUUUCUGCGGCCAGGAACAUCCCUCAUCCUUCUAGAGGCUCAGGCUGCCACAGGGUACAUCAUUGACCCAGCUGCCAACAAGAAAUACUCCGUGGACGAGGCCCUGCGUGCUGGCGUCGUUGGCCCAGAUGUUUACGACAAGCUCGUGGCUGCUGAAAAAGCUGUCACAGGCUACAGGGAUCCUUACACGGGGGACAAGAUCUCCCUCUUCCAGGCCAUGAUGAAGGACCUCAUCGUCAAGGAGCAUGCCAUCCGCCUGCUGGAGGCCCAGAUCGCCACCGGGGGCAUCAUCGACCCUGUCAACAGCCACCGCCUGCCGGUGGAAGCGGCCUACAAACGGGGCUACUUUGACAAGAAGAUGAACCUGAUCCUUUCGGACCCCAGCGACGACACCAAGGGCUUCUUUGACCCAAACACCCACGAGAACCUGACUUACCUGCAGUUGAAGGAGAAGUGCAUCACGGAGCCCUCCACGGGCCUCUGCCUCCUGCCGCUCAACAGCAGGAAGCGGCAGUUCAUUGACGACGCCACCAAGCAAACCCUUAGGAGCUCCUGGCUCUUGGUAAAAUACGGCCGUUUCCAAGGACAACAGGUCUCCGUAUGGGAUCUACUGAACUCAGAAUACUUCAGCGAGGGGAAGAGGCGGGAAAUAUUCAACCACUACUCCCUACGGAAGGUCACCCUAGAACAAAUCCGUCUCAUGUUAGAAGAGGAGAUGAAGAAAUGGGCCCGCAUCCAAUUCCCAGCCCUAAGGGGGAAGGUCACUGCCUACCACCUGGUGGAAACUGGCAUCCUUGAGAAGGAGCUCUUUGAAAGGCUCCUGGAGGGAGCUGUGAGCCCAGAGGAGGUGCUGCGCAUGGAUUCGGUCAGAAAGUACCUCUACGGCACAGGCAGCAUUGGGGGAGUCGUGCUGCAGCCCUCCAAUGAACGAGUGAGUCUCUAUGAAGCCAUAAAAAGGAGCAUUGCAUUGCCAGGGGUGGUGCUGCCCUUGCUUGAGGCACAGGCUGCCACGGGCUUCAUCAUUGAUCCAGUGAACAAUCAGAAACUCUGCCUAGAUGAUGCCGUGAGGGAAGGCCUGGUCGGCCCUGAGCUUUACGAGAAGCUCCAGCGUGCAGAAGAAGCCGUCACGGGUUACAUGGACCCUUUCACAGGCCAGAAGAUUUCCCUCUACCAAGCCAUGAAGAAAGGCCUUGUGGCUGACAAACAGGCCAUACAGCUGAUGGAUGCCCAGCUGUCUACUGGGGGGGUCAUUGACCCCCACAGUGGCCACUAUGUCCCAGUAGAAUUUGCCCAGAGAAAAGGUUACUUGGAUGAGGACUUCUGUGAAAUGCUCUCCAAACCCAGCUCUCACACCAAAGUGUUCAACACCCUUGACAGCAAAGAAAAUGUGACCUAUGGCCAGUUGAUAAAUCGGUGUCAGACGGAUGAAGUUUCUGGCAUUCACCUGUUGCCUCUGUCCCAAAGGGCUUCUCCUAUUCACACAGAUGAGCAGGUCGAGCAGCUCUUCAGGGAGACCCUUGUGGAGGAGAAGGGGGUCUCCCUCUGGGAGCUCCUGACCUCUGGCUACUUCACUGAAGAGCAGAGAAGAGAGUUCCUUGAGCAGUAUAGGUCUGGGGCAAUGUCACUCCGCCAACUGCUUGCCCUGGUCCAGGGACUCAUUAAGGAAAUAGAAAUGAAGGCUCAAACGCAGGUGGCUUUCCAAGGCCUGAGAGGCGCAGUGCCUGCAGUCUGGCUUCUGGAUACUGGCAUCAUUUCAGAAAAGACAUUCAUAGAGCUGGCCCAGGGCAGGAGAACCGCCAGAGAAGUGUCCGAGAGGGAAAGCGUGAAGAAAUACUUGCAGGGCACUGGGGGCAUCGCUGGAGUCUUCAUUCAGGCCUCCCAAGAGAAAAUGAGCAUUUACCAAGCGAUGCAAAACAACCUCCUUCUGCCGGGCACAGGAGCAAGGCUACUGGAAGCCCAGGCAGCCACGGGCACCCUCACAGACCCAGUGACAAACCAGAGGCUUGGCGUCGAGGAGGCUGUGAAAGCCGGCAUUGUGGGUGAAGAACUGACAGAGCAGCUGCUGCAGGCGGAGAGAGCACUAACCGGCUACCCCGACCCCUACUCAGGAAAGCCAAUCUCAGUGUGCCAGGCGAUCCGGAAGGAGCUCAUUGCUGCCAGUGCCGGCAUCCCUUUACUCGAGGCUCAGUUGGCCACUGGAGGGGUCAUUGACCCCCUCCAUCACCACCAUCUUCCUCUCCAUGCUGCCUAUAAGCACGGCUUCUAUGAUGAAGAAAUGCACCAGGCCCUUUCUCAGCACAACGAUGACACCUGCGUCUUCUUUGACCCGAAUACACAGGAGAGCCUGGCUUAUCAGCAGCUGAAGGACAGAUGCAUCCGGGAUGCUGAGACCGGACUCUUCCUGCUCCCUCUCUCAGAAGAUGCAGCUUUCUACGGGGACAGACGCACCAUGGAGGUGCUGAAAUCUGUAACUGUCUUUGUCAACGCUGGGCGGUUUAAAGGCCAAGAAGUUUCUCUCUGGGACUUGCUCAACUCGGAGUACAUCAGCAACAGCAAGCGGAGAGAGCUGGUGAUGGCAUACAAGGAGGAGAACGCUGAGAUACUUCAAGAAAUGAUCGCAACCGUCACCAAGAACAUCGAAGAGACUGAACAGCAAGGCAAGCAGUUCACCUUCAAGGGCUUGCGCAAGCAGGUCUCAGCCAGUGACCUCUUCCAAUCACAGCUCAUAGACAAAGAAACUCUGGAUGAACUGCGUCAUGGAAAGAAAACUGUCCAGGAAGUCACUGAGAUGGAUUCUGUGAGGCAAUACCUCGAGGGCUGUAACUUCAUCGCUGGAGUCCUUGUACAGCCAAGCCACGAAAGGAUGAGCAUCUACCAGGCUUGGAGGCGGGGUCUCCUCAGACCAGGGGUGGCUCUGGUGCUGUUGGAAGCCCAGGCAGCCACAGGGUUCCUCAUUGAUCCCGUGAAAAACAAGAAGUUGUCAGUAGAUGAGGCGAUGGCAGCAGGGCUGAUUGGGAGGGAGAUUUACGAGAAGCUACUGAGUGCGGAAAAGGCCGUGACGGGAUACACACACCCCUACACCAAAGGCCAGAUCUCCCUCUUUGAGGCCAUGAACGAAGAGCUCAUUGUGAAAAGCCACGGCAUCCGCCUGCUGGAGGCCCAAAUAGCCACCGGGGGCAUCAUCGACCCUGUGCACAGUUACCGCAUCCCUGUUGAGGUGGCUUAUAAGCGGGGCUACUUCGACGAAAAAAUGAACCAAAUCCUUUCAGAUCCAACAGAUGACACCAAAGGCUUUUUCGACCCCAACACACAUGAGAACCUCACUUACCUGCAGCUAUUAGAACGAUGCAUCCAAGAUCCAGGGACUGGACUGUAUAUGCUGCAAAUUGUCAAAAGAGGGGAAAGGUACUUUUACAUUGAUGAGACAACGAAGCAAUUUCUGAAGGCACAACCUAUGCAGAUGCAUGUAGGCAGGUACAAAGGCCAAUCCGUCUCCAUGUGGGACCUCCUCUGCUCCCCCUAUAUCCACGAACAGAGAAGGAAAGACCUGGUGAGCCAGUAUAAGUGUGAGGACCUGACAUUAGAACAACUCAGCGAAGCCAUCACCACUAUUAUUGAGGAAACGGACCAGAAAGCCCAGACGCUCAAACUUAAGGGACCGAGGGGGGAGGUGUCAGCCGCGGAGCUGUUCAACUCAGAGAUAAUUGACAAAAAAACGCUGGAUGGGCUUCAUCAAGGGGCUGGUGCCCUUCAGCGGCUUGCCCAGAAGGACUCCAUGAAACGAGUCCUGGAAGGAACCGGCUCCAUUGCUGGAGUCUUGAUAGGAACCGAAGGGCAAAGGAUGACUAUCUUCGAGGCCAUGAAGAGAGGUCUUCUCUCACCAGAAAACGCUCUCAUGUUGUUGGAAGCCCAGGCUGCCACUGGAUUCAUCCUUGACCCACUGAAGAAGAAAACAUUCUCUGUUGAUGAGGCUGUCUCUGUGGGGCUCAUCGGCGAAGAGAUUCAUGAGAAGCUUCUCUUUGCAGAGAAAGCUGUUACAGGAUACACCGACCCAUCCAUGGGGAACAAAAUAUCUCUUUUCCAAGCCAUGAAACAACGUGUAGUAGAGAAACCACUUGCUCUGAGGCUGCUGGAGGCCCAGAUUGCUACUGGGGGCAUAAUCGACCCGAUCUAUGGCCACCGCAUCCCUGUGGAGGUGGCUUGCAAACGUGGCUAUAUGGAUGACCACACUUUCGUCCUGCUUUCUGAUGCAGAUUAUGCUACCAAAGGAUUUGUGGAUCCCAACACUCAAGGAAGGAUUACAUAUGCACAACUCCUGCACAGAUGCACUAAAGACACAGGCACAGGGAUGUAUCUCUUACAGUUGAUAGGAAAGAGGGACUAUUUCUAUGUAGAUGAGAUAACCAAAAAUAUUCUCUCAUCCACCAAAGUAAAUGUAACACUUGGGAAAUACAGAGGACAGACCGUCUCUUUAUGGGAGCUUCUUUCUUCAGACUACAUUAAUGAAGAAAAGAAGAAAGAACUGAUUAGAAAAUAUAAGCAGGAGUCCUCUGCUGUUCUGCAACACAUCAUCAAUGAAAUUCUGAAAAUAAUAACAGAAAAAGAAGAAAGCAGAAGAGAUAUAUGGUUCCAGGGGCUACGGAAACAAGUCACAGCUGCAGAACUACUGAAAGCUGACAUAAUUGGUAAAGACACAAUGAAGGACUUAGAGGAGGGCAAACAGACUCCACAAGAUGUAGCACAGAUGGAUUCAGUGAGGAGAUACCUGGAAGGCACCAGCUGCAUUGCUGGAGUGCUGGUGCCCUCCAGGUCAGACCCUUUGAAGACGGAGAAGAUGACCAUCUACCAGGCCAUGCAGAAGGGCAUUCUGAGGCCAGGCACAGCCCUGGUGCUGCUGGAGGCCCAAGCCGCCACUGGGUUCAUCACUGACCCUCUGAAGAACGAGAAGCUCUCGGUCAAUGAAGCCACUUCUGCCGGACUGGUGGGCGGAGAAAUUCAUAACAAGCUCCUUUGUGCAGAGAAAGCAGUCACUGGAUACACUGACCCAAAUACGGGUGGAAAAAUAUCUCUUUUUCAGGCAAUGGGAAAAGAUCUCAUCAUCAAAGAACAUGGUAUCCGUUUGCUGGAAGCUCAAAUUGCUACUGGAGGUAUCAUUGAUCCAGUCAACAGUCACCGUGUCCCCAUUGAGAUGGCCUACAAACGGGGAUACUUUGAUGAGAAAAUGAACCAGAAGCUCUUAGACCCCACGGACGAAACCAAGGGCUUCUUUGAUCCCAACACACAUGAGAACCUCACAUACAAGCAGCUGCUAAAAAGAUGCACUCGUGACCCAGACACUGGACUCCUUAUGCUCCGACUACAUGACCGGGACAUAAACGCCCUUCAUUUAGAUGAAAACAUAAGGAAGGCUCUGAAGACUACAACAACAAAAGUUAGCCAAGGGAAUUUCCAGGGACAGGUGCUUCCUCUGUGGGACCUCCUGUUCUCUCACCACAUCUCAGACUGCAAACGGGAAGAGCUCCUGAGCCAAUACAGAGACGGCAGGCUGACCCUUGUGGACCUAACGCAAAUCCUCACCGCACUCCUUACGGAGGCUACAACCACAGGGGGUAAGCACCCCACUACCUCUGACAUGCCAGGCCGUGGUGGUGCCGACAGUUCUGCGAGAGAAGAGGUUGCCGAGGCUUUGGAACUGGGUGAAAAGGAGAAGGCUCUGAAGUCCCGGAUGGUCGAAGUAUCCACCAGAGAGUUCCAUGGACGGAAGGUUUCCGUGUGGGAAGUGCUUCACUCCAAGUACAUCCCAGAGGAGAAAAGGAAGGAGCUCAUGCAACUCUACUUAUCUGGCGUACUCACCGUUGACCAAAUGGAAACAGUCGUCACCACCAUCGUCAACAAAACGGCGGAGGAGAAAACAACGGAAGCAUCCCAUGGACAUGCACACACGGGCCAGUGGGAGGACGCCUUGAGGAAUCACACCGUGGUCCUGCACAUCGGUGAGUUCCACACUCAGGAAAUCUCCCUCUGGGAUCUCCUCUUCUCGCAGUACGUUCCGGAAACCCAAAGAGAGGGGCUCUUAAUGAAGUACCGUUCCGGAAUCCUGAGUAUCCUGGAGCUGAUACAAUUGCUGACCCCCCUCCUCACGGAGGCAGAGGGACCUUGUGGCAAAGAAACAGAAGAUGCCAGGAGUCCGAAAAGGGAGCGGCCCCAGUCCCAGGCAGAUGGAGCGCCUCCUUCCCCACAGGAUGCCGAACUGGAGAGCGCUUUACGGCUGGUGACCACAGAUGUGCCUGUGGGUGAGUUCCAAGGCCACAAGCGCUCAGUGUGGGAGCUGCUCUUUUCCAAAUAUGUGACCACAGACAAACGGCACGAGCUCCUGGAGAGGUACCGAGCCGGAUCUGUGACCGCAGAGGAGCUUGUCCAAAUAAUCACCGCCCUCAUUGAGGAGAUGGAGCAGAAGAGCAACCAGCUGAAAUUCUCUGGGCUCAGGAGGCAGGUGACAGCCUCAGAACUGUUCGACUCCCAGAUCAUUGACCAGGACACGCUCUCCGAGCUGACGCAUGGCACCAAGACUGUGGGGGAGGUCAAAGAAAUGGAGUCCGUGAAGCGAUACUUGGAAGGCACCAGCUGCAUUGCCGGCGUGUUGGUGCCCUCCAGGUCAGAUCCUUUGAAGACGGAGAAGAUGACCAUCUACCAGGCCAUGUGGAAGGGCGUCCUGAGGCCAGGCACAGCCCUGGUGCUGCUGGAGGCCCAGGCCGCCACUGGGUUCAUCACUGACCCGCUGAAGAACGAGAAGCUCUCGGUCAGCGAAGCCGUAUCUGCCGACCUGGUGGGGGGCGAACUGCAAGAGAAGCUUCUCUCUGCAGAGAGAGCCAUAACUGGCUACAACGACCCGUACACAGGGAACAAAAUCUCCCUUUUCCAGGCCAUGAAGAAAGGCCUCAUCGUCAAAGACCAUGGCAUCCGUCUGCUGGAGGCCCAGAUUGCCACCGGGGGCAUCAUCGACCCUGUGCACAGCCAUCGGCUCCCCGUGGAAGUAGCGUACGAGCGGGGCUAUUUUGACCAGGAAAUGAACCAGAUCCUCUCAGACCCCACAGAUGACACCAAGGGCUUCUUUGAUCCCAACACUCACGAAAACCUCACGUACAUGCAGCUUCGGAACAGGUGCCUCCCCGAUCCGGACACCGGCCUCCUGAUGCUUCAAGUCAUGGACAAGGGCUCUUUUUCCUUCCACCUCACCGAGAACACAAGGAAGUCUUUGCAGUCUGCCAAGACCAGGGUUGGUGUGGGGCUCUUCCAGGGACAAGAAGUCUCCCUCUGGGACCUCCUCUUCUCCAGAUACGUCCCUCCGCAUAAGAGGCUGGAGCUACUAAGGCAGUACAAGGCUGGUACUAUAAGCCUGGAGGACAUCCAACAAAUUCUCAUCACCAUCAUCACUGAGACGGAAGGAAGGAGCACCAAGCCAACGGGGCACAAACAACCUCCUGGCACAACCACAGCAAUGCCGCCGAAAGAUGACACUGCCCAUCCCAACUUCGAGGAGCCCUGGCAGAAGGCCUUGAAGUCCACAACUGUCGACGUUCCUGCGGGAGAGCACCGCGGUCAGACGACCACUGUGUGGGACCUGCUCUUCUCCAGAGACAUCUCCGAGGAGAAGAGGACAGAAUUACUGGGCUUGUACAGAAGAGGGUUGCUGCCUAUGGACCGGCUGAUAAGUCUCCUCACCACCCUUGUCACGAAAAAGGAAGCCUCCAGUAGGACAUUUGACAUUAAGGUGAGAAGUCCAGAGCAAGUCGUGGCAACCAGUGGGAAAUCUCCUGUGGUCUCCUCCCCAGAUUCUGGGAACUGGGAAAGCGCCUUGCGGUCUCAGCCCAUGCAAGUCCCUGUGGCGGAGUUUCAAGAUCAGCAACUCUCUGCGUGGGACCUCCUGUUCUCUCACCACAUCUCAGACUGCAAACGGGAAGAGCUCCUGAGCCAAUACAGAGACGGCAGACUGACCCUUGGGGAGCUAACACAAAUCCUCACUGCUCUCCUUACGGAGGCUACAACCACAGGGGGUAAGCACCCCAAUACCCCUGAGAUGCCCAGCCCUGAUUACACCGACGAUGACGACGACAGUUCUGCAAGAGAAGAGGUUGCUGAGGCUUUGGAACUGGGUGAAAAGGAGAAGGCUCUGAAGUCCAGGAUGGUCGAAGUAUCUGCCGGUGAGUUCCAUGGACGGAAGGUUUCCGUGUGGGAAGUGCUUCACUCCAAGUACAUCCCAGAGGAGAAAAGGAAGGAGCUCAUGCAACUCUACUUAUCUGGCGUACUCACAGUUGACCAAAUGGAAACAGUCAUCACCACCAUCGUCAACAAAACGGAGGAGGAGAAAACAACGGAAGCAUCCCAUGGACACGCACACACGGGCCAGUGGGAGGACGCCUUGAGGAAUCACACUGUGGUCCUGCACAUCGGUGAGUUCCACGGUCAGGAAGUCUCCCUCUGGGAUCUCCUCUUCUCGCAGUACGUUCCGGAAACCCAAAGAGAGGGGCUCUUAAUGAAGUACCGUUCCGGAAUCCUGAGUAUCCUGGAGCUGAUACAAUUGCUGACCCCCCUCCUCACGGAGGCAGAGGGACCUCGUGGCAAAGAAACAGAAGAUGCCAGGAGUCCGAAAAGGGAGCGGGCCCAGUCCCAGGCAGAUGGAGCGCCUCCUUCCCCACAGGAUGCCGAACUGGAGAGCGCUUUACGGCUGGUGACCACAGAUGUGCCUGUGGGCGAGUUCCAAGGCCACAAGCGCUCAGUGUGGGAGCUGCUCUUUUCCAAAUAUGUGACCACAGACAAACGGCACGAGCUCCUGGAGAGGUACCGAGCCGGAUCUGUGACCGCAGAGGAGCUUGUCCAAAUAAUCACCGCCCUCAUUGAGGAGAUGGAGCAGAAGAGCAACCAGCUGAAAUUCUCUGGGCUCAGGAGGCAGGUGACAGCCUCAGAACUGUUCGACUCCCAGAUCAUUGACCAGGACACGCUCUCCGAGCUGACGCAUGGCACCAAGACUGUGGGGGAGGUCAAAGAAAUGGAGUCCGUGAAGCGAUACUUGGAAGGCACCAGCUGCAUUGCCGGCGUGUUGGUGCCCUCCAGGUCAGAUCCUUUGAAGACGGAGAAGAUGACCAUCUACCAGGCCAUGUGGAAGGGCGUCCUGAGGCCAGGCACAGCCCUGGUGCUGCUGGAGGCCCAGGCCGCCACUGGGUUCAUCACUGACCCGCUGAAGAACGAGAAGCUCUCGGUCAGCGAAGCCGUAUCUGCCGACCUGGUGGGGGGCGAACUGCAAGAGAAGCUUCUCUCUGCAGAGAGAGCCGUAACCGGCUACAACGACCCCUACACGGGGAACAAAAUCUCCCUUUUCCAGGCCAUGAAGAAAGGCCUCAUCGUCAAAGACCAUGGCAUCCGUCUGCUGGAGGCCCAGAUUGCCACCGGGGGCAUCAUCGACCCUGUGCACAGCCAUCGGCUCCCCGUGGAAGUAGCGUACGAGCGGGGCUAUUUUGACCAGGAAAUGAACCAGAUCCUCUCAGACCCCACAGAUGACACCAAGGGCUUCUUUGAUCCCAACACUCACGAAAACCUCACGUACAUGCAGCUUCGGAACAGGUGCCUCCCCGAUCCGGACACCGGCCUCCUGAUGCUUCAAGUUAUGGACAAGUGCUCUUUUUCCUUCCACCUCACCGAGAACACAAGGAAGUCUUUGCAGUCUGCCAAGACCAGGGUUGGUGUGGGGCUCUUCCAGGGACAAGAAGUCUCCCUCUGGGACCUCCUCUUCUCCAGAUACGUCCCUCCGCAUAAGAGGCUGGAGCUACUAAGGCAGUACAAGGCUGGUACUAUAAGCCUGGAGGACAUCCAACAAAUUCUCAUCACCAUCAUCACUGAGACGGAAGAAAGGAGCACCAAGCCAACGGGGCACAAACAACCUCCCGGCACACCCACAGCAAUGCCGCCGAAAGGUGACACUGCCCAUCCCAACCUAGAGGAGCCCUGGCAGAAGGCCUUGAAGUCCACAACGGUGAACGUGCCUGCGGGAGAGCACCGUGGUCAGACGACCACCGUGUGGGACCUGCUCUUCUCCAGAGACAUCUCCGAGGAGAAGAGGACGGAAUUACUGGGCUUGUACAGAAGAGGGUUGCUGCCUAUGGACCGGCUGAUAAGUCUCCUCACCACCCUUGUCACGAAAAAGGAAGCCUCCAGUAGGACAUUUGACAUUAAGGUGAGAAGUCCAGAGCGAGUCGUGGCAACCAGUGGGAAAUCUCCUGUGGUCUCCUCCCCAGAUUCUGGGAACUGGGAAAGCGCCUUGCGGUCUCAGCCCAUGCAAGUCCCUGUGGCGGAGUUUCAAGAUCAGCAACUCUCUGCGUGGGACCUCCUGUUCUCUCACCACAUCUCAGACUGCAAACGGGAAGAGCUCCUGAGCCAAUACAGAGAUGGCAGGUUGACCCUUGUGGAGCUAACACAAAUCCUCACUGCUCUCCUUAUGGAGGCUACAACCACAGGGGGUAAGCACCCCAAUACCCCUGAGAUGCCCAGCCCUGAUGACACCGACGACGAUGACAGUUCUGCGAGAGAAGAGGUUGCCGAGGCUUUGGAACUGGGUGAAAAGGAGAAGGCUCUGAAGUCCAGGAUGGUCGAAGUAUCUGCCGGCGAGUUCCAUGGAAGGAAGGUUUCCGUGUGGGAAGUGCUUCACUCCAAGUACAUCCCAGAGGAGAAAAGGAAGGAGCUCAUGCAACUUUACUUAUCUGGCGUACUCACCGUUGACCAAAUGGAAACAGUCGUCACCACCAUCGUCAACAAAACGGAGGAGGAGAAAACAACGGAAGCAUCCCAUGGACAUGCACACACGGGCCAGUGGGAGGACGCCUUGAGGAAUCACACUGUGGUCCUGCACAUCGGUGAGUUCCACGGUCAGGAAGUCUCCCUCUGGGAUCUCCUCUUCUCGCAGUACGUUCCGGAAACCCAAAGAGAGGGGCUCUUAAUGAAGUACCGUUCCGGAAUCCUGAGUAUCCUGGAGCUGAUACAAUUGCUGACCCCACUCCUCACGGAGGCAGAGGGACCUCGUGGCAAAGAAACAGAAGAUGCCAGGAGUCCGAAAAGGGAGCGGCCCCAGUCCCAGGCAGAUGGAGCGCCUCCUUCCCCACAGGAUGCCGAACUGGAGAGCGCUUUACGGCUGGUGACCACAGAUGUGCCUGUGGGCGAGUUCCAAGGCCACAAGCGCUCAGUGUGGGAGCUGCUCUUUUCCAAAUAUGUGACCACAGACAAACGGCACGAGCUCCUGGAGAGGUACCGAGCCGGAUCUGUGACCGCAGAGGAGCUUGUCCAAAUAAUCACCGCCCUCAUUGAGGAGAUGGAGCAGAAGAGCAACCAGCUGAAAUUCUCUGGGCUCAGGAGGCAGGUGACAGCCUCAGAACUGUUCGACUCCCAGAUCAUUGACCAGGACACGCUCUCCGAGCUGACGCACGGCACCAAGACUGUGGGGGAGGUCAAAGAAAUGGAGUCCGUGAAGCGAUACUUGGAAGGCACCAGCUGCAUUGCCGGCGUGUUGGUGCCCUCCAGGUCAGAUCCUUUGAAGACGGAGAAGAUGACCAUCUACCAGGCCAUGUGGAAGGGCGUCCUGAGGCCAGGCACAGCCCUGGUGCUGCUGGAGGCCCAGGCCGCCACUGGGUUCAUCACUGACCCGCUGAAGAACGAGAAGCUCUCGGUCAGCGAAGCCGUAUCUGCCGACCUGGUGGGGGGCGAACUGCAAGAGAAGCUUCUCUCUGCAGAGAGAGCCGUAACCGGCUACAACGACCCCUACACGGGGAACAAAAUCUCCCUUUUCCAGGCCAUGAAGAAAGGCCUCAUCGUCAAAGACCAUGGCAUCCGUCUGCUGGAGGCCCAGAUUGCCACCGGGGGCAUCAUCGACCCUGUGCACAGCCAUCGGCUCCCCGUGGAAGUAGCGUACGAGCGGGGCUAUUUUGACCAGGAAAUGAACCAGAUCCUCUCAGACCCCACAGAUGACACCAAGGGCUUCUUUGAUCCCAACACUCACGAAAACCUCACGUACAUGCAGCUUCGGAACAGGUGCCUCCCCGAUCCGGACACCGGCCUCCUGAUGCUUCAAGUCAUGGACAAGGGCUCUUUUUCCUUCCAUCUCGGUGAGAACAUAAGGAAGUCUUUGCAGUCUGCCAAGACCAGGGUUGGUGUGGGGCUCUUCCAGGGACAAGAAGUCUCCCUCUGGGACCUCCUCUUCUCCAGAUACGUCCCUCCGCAUAAGAGGCUGGAGCUACUAAGGCAGUACAAGGCUGGUACUAUAAGCCUGGAGGACAUCCAACAAAUUCUCAUCACCAUCAUCACUGAGACGGAAGAAAGGAGCACCAAGCCAACGGGGCACAAACAACCUCCCGGCACACCCACAGCAAUGCCGCCGAAAGGUGACACUGCCCAUCCCAACCUAGAGGAGCCCUGGCAGAAGGCCUUGAAGUCCACAACGGUGAACGUGCCUGCGGGAGAGCACCGUGGUCAGACGACCACCGUGUGGGACCUGCUCUUCUCCAGAGACAUCUCCGAGGAGAAGAGGACGGAAUUACUGGGCUUGUACAGAAGAGGGUUGCUGCCUAUGGACCGGCUGAUAAGUCUCCUCACCACCCUUGUCACGAAAAAGGAAGCCUCCAGUAGGACAUUUGACAUUAAGGUGAGAAGUCCAGAGCAAGUCGUGGCAACCAGUGGGAAAUCUCCUGUGGUCUCCUCCCCAGAUUCUGGGAACUGGGAAAGCGCCUUGCGGUCUCAGCCCAUGCAAGUCCCUGUGGCGGAGUUUCAAGAUCAGCAACUCUCUGCGUGGGACCUCCUGUUCUCUCACCACAUCUCAGACUGCAAACGGGAAGAGCUCCUGAGCCAAUACAGAGACGGCAGACUGACCCUUGGGGAGCUAACACAAAUCCUCACUGCUCUCCUUACGGAGGCUACAACCACAGGGGGUAAGCACCCCAAUACCCCUGAGAUGCCCAGCCCUGAUGACACCGACGACGAUGACAGUUCUGCGAGAGAAGAGGUUGCCGAGGCUUUAGAACUGGAUGAAAAGGAGAAGGCUCUGAAGUCCAGGAUGGUCGAAGUAUCCGCCGGCGAGUUCCAUGGACGGAAGGUUUCCGUGUGGGAAGUGCUUCACUCCAAGUACAUCCCAGAGGAGAAAAGGAAGGAGCUCAUGCAACUUUACUUAUCUGGCGUACUCACCGUUGACCAAAUGGAAACAGUCAUCACCACCAUCGUCAACAAAACGGAGGAGGAGAAAACAACGGAAGCAUCCCAUGGACACGCACACACGGGCCAGUGGGAGGAUGCCUUGAGGAAUCACACUGUGGUCCUGCACAUCGGUGAGUUCCAUGGUCAGGAAGUCUCCCUCUGGGAUCUCCUCUUCUCGCAGUACAUCUCAGAUAGCAAAAGAGAAGAACUUCUAGGUAUAUAUCGAAAUUGCCAACUAACCCCUGAAGAACUCACUGCUAUAGUUUCUACUUUAAUUAGUGAAUUGAUUGAUGGUGGCAAUGAAUGUUCAGCACAUGACACAACACAUGCUGAUGUGGCAUCAUCUGAGAACGAAGAAGCUGUUCUUACUCCAGAAUGGCUAGAAAAGGAGAAGGCUCUGAAGUCCUGCAUGGUCGAAGUAUCCGCCGGUGAGUUCCACGGACGGAAGGUUUCUGUGUGGGAAUUGCUCCACUCUAAGGACAUCCCUGAAGAGAAAAGGAAGGAGCUCUUGCAACUCUACAAAUCUGGCAUUCUCACAAUUGGUCAAAUGGAGACUGUCGUCACCACCAUUGUUAACAAAAUGGAAGAGCAGAAGGAAAACACUUCAGAUGUGAGUGAUAACCAAGCAGUGCCAAGGGAACCUGAAACUCCCGACUCAUCGCACUACGACCUUCUACAGCAUACUUUACGCUUGGAGAAUAUUGAUGUCACUAUCCGAGAAAUCCAUGGCCAGAAGGCCUCAGUCUGGGAUCCUUUCUUUUCCAGGUGUGUGUCUAAUAUCAGGAAAGAGGAGAUUCUACACAGACAUGGAGCACCAACAGUAAGUGUUAAAGAAAAUUUCAGAAGCAUUACUACUCUUAUUACACAAACAGAAAACCCAGGUGACACAUCAUGCAAAACUGGGGAAAUUCCCACAGAACACCUUAUGUCACCAGGAACAUUCACGGCUUCUCACACAGAAUACCAAGAUGACACACAGACUGCUUUGAAAUCUAGACUGAUCAACAUAUCUGUUGAUGAGUUCCAUGAGCAACAAUUUUCAGUAUGGGAUCUACUUCACUCCAAAUACAUCCCAGAGGAGAAAAGGAAGGAGCUCUUGCGACUCUACAAAUCUGGCGUACUCACAGUUGACCAAAUGGAAACAGUCAUCACCACCAUCGUCAACAAAACAGAGGAGGAGAAAACAAAGGAAGUAUCCCAUGGACACGCACACACGGCCCACUGGGAGGAUGACUUGAGGAAUCACACCAUGGUCCUGCAAGUCGGUGAGUUCCAAGGUCAGGAAGUCUCCCUCUGGGAUCUCCUCUUCUCUCAGUACAUCUCAGAGUACGAACGGGAUGAGCUUCUGAACAAAUACAGAAAUGGCAGUCUGACUCUUGAGGAGCUCAGAAAAAUCCUUGCUGCUCUCCCUAUGGUGGUCACAAACAAAGAGAGUAAAUGUCUCUCAGCCCCUGACAUGCCCCGCUGUGAUAACGCUGCAUCUGAGAAAGAAGCAGAUGGUGAUGCUCUGGAAAUGGAGAUGGCGCUAAAGUCCCGGAUGGGUGAAGUAUCCGCCGACGAGUUCCAUGGACGGAAAGUUUCUGUAUGGGAACUGCUUCACUCCAACUACAUCCCUGAGGAAAAAAGGAAGGAGCUCUUGCAACUAUACAGGGAUAGCAUGUUGACCAUUGACCAAAUGGAAACUGUGGUCACCGCCAUGGUCAACAAAACAGUGGAGGAGAAAGCCAAAGAACUGUGUGGUGUUACAAGUCCGAGACAAGAGACAAGAACAUCUGGAGAAGGUCAGAAUGUUUGCUUCCCUCAGUCCAUCUCUUUGGAAGCCAUGUUACGAUCUGAGAGAUUUGUGGUACCAGUUGGUGAGUUCCAAGGGCAGAUGGUUUCUUGCUGGGAUGUUCUCCUCUCUAAAUAUAUUUCAGAAGACAAGAAGCAAGAUCUUCUAAAUAAAUUCAGAAUGAAAGCAGUCUCUGUUCAGGAUCUGACAGGCAUUCUCACCAACAUCAUCACAGAAGCAGAAAGGCGUAAGGGAGAUCUGCCAGCCAGCACAGAAGGUGGACAUAUAGCAGCUGAGGGCCUAGGCGAGAAAUGCGAAGAUCUGCAUGCGCGGCAUCAGCAACUGAAGAAAUCCUUGAGGACCACGAUGGUCCAGGUCACUGUAGGAGAGUACAAGGGACAGAAAGUGUGCGUGCUGGAUCUCCUGUUUUCUAAAUAUGUCCCUCAGGAUAAAAGGCAAGAACUCCUGGAAUUAUACAGAGCGGGGACAUUACCCAUCCAAGAGAUGAUAACAAUGAUCACUACCAUGACUGAAGAGGUUGAAAGCAAAUGUGGGAAGUCCAACCCAAAGAAAAAAAUGUCCUGCAAAAAAGGCAGAGUAUGUUGGAAGGAUCAAGGCGCACAGCCAUAACUGACUGAAGAAGCAGAGCCCGGAGGCUAACCCG